AAGAAAAAAAGAAAAAACAGGGAAGAAAUGACCGAAGCGCUUAAGAGGGAUUUUCAGCUUUGUGAGGAGAUCGGGCGGGGGAGAUUCGGUGUCGUUUACAAGUGUGUGUCGCCGCUUUCCGGCGAAUAUUUUGCGGUGAAAUCGAUUGAGAAGGGCCGCGUUGCGGGGGACUCUCUGGAUUCCCAAUGUCUGUUCAAUGAGCCUAAAAUUCUCAGUCUCGUGGCGCCGCAUCCCAACGUGAUUCAGCUUCAUCAUCUCUACGAGGACGAUUCGCACCUCCACAUGGUGCUCGAUCUCUGCCCGCCCUCCCGGGAUCUGUACAGGAGAAUCGCGGAUGAAGGGGCGAUCGGGGAGGCGGAAGCGAAGUUGAUUAUGGCGCAGCUGAUGGACACCGUCAGCCACAUUCACCAGAUGAGAGUGGUACACCGCGAUAUAAAGCCAGAUAACAUCCUCUUUGACUCAAAGAACUCCGUGAAGCUGACCGAUUUCGGGUCUGCCGAGGUUUUGAAGGAAGGGGAAGCGACACUGAGAGGCGUGGUGGGGACGCCGUAUUACGUGGCGCCGGAGGUCUUGGUGGGAAAGGAGUACUGUGAGAAAGUCGACGUUUGGAGCGCGGGAGUGGUUUUGUACAUAAUGUUGGCCGGUUUCCCGCCGUUUUAUGGGGAAACCGCGGUGGAGAUCUUCGAGGCAGUUUUGAGAGGGAAUUUGAGGUUCCCGGCUGGGGUUUUUCAGUCCGUGUCCCCAGCGGCAAAGGAUCUCUUGAGACGAAUGCUUUGCAAGGAUGUUUCCAGAAGGUUUACAGCAGAGCAAGUUCUGAGUAAGUACAGAGUUUCUCUUAUUAUUUCUUUUUUCAUUUUUUUAAAGAACAAAAUUCUUGUCAAAUGUUUGGUUUGAGGAAGCGGAUGGUGAGAAGUAGAAAUAUACGACGUGCUUCUAAAUAGAAGAAUUUUCUCUGCUCUCCUUCCUUGAACCAAACAUUCUGUUAGAAAAUCCUCUGUUUUUUUAUAUUUCUGUACUAUGUUACACUUUGUUUGGUUUGCUGGAGAAAAAAAGGAAAUUUCCUUCAAACCUGCAAACUACAAAGUUGUAUUUCUAGAUCAUUCAAUCAAAUUGCUAAUAAAAUUUGUUCUUUUUUCUUUUUUUUAUGUGGGAUUUUUACAGGACAUCAAUGGAUAACAAGCGGCGGUUAAUCCUAAUCUAAACUAAUAACUCGAAGAUCUUCAAGUAGAAAGAAUCAAGUUUGAACUUUGAAGCUUUAAUUUUCUACCUUCUUGUAAAUGGAUGUAAAUAGAUGUAUGAGCUUCAAAGGCUGAAAUCUUUUUGGGAUUUUGUAAAUGGAAAAAGUGAGUUUUUCGUUAUUUUGGCUUGGAGAUCGAUAUUAGCAGAGUUUGUAAAUAAGCGAAAGUAAUAGAGAAAAUCGCAACUCUUAAUGCAGUGUUUGAUUAAUUAACGGGAUUUUCUCUG